ACGGUACAAGUUGGAACUUAUGCAAACUUUGUAGGUUCGCACUUCCGAAACUUUUAGGAUGAGUUACUUGGAUUGGCUGAAGACCCUCACAGUAAUGAAGUAUUCAGGGGGCAAUAUCUUGACAUGGAUGUACUAUAUCGUGCUGGCGAAACGCAACAGGGCAUUUCUACAUAUACACCUCGUGUGCUCUCAAUUGGUCUUCAAGGCUCACUUGGGUCCAUGAGUUCGCAAGGUACGUUGUACAAUGAAGAUCCGCCAGUCUCUUCAGAAGUUCCCACAUGGACUAGCAAUAUAUCCACCCAAGCAUCUGAAGCGCAAAAGAAAAACUUGUUCUUGCAAAGUUUAUAUGAAGAACAUACAAAUAAUGACGUCAACAGCCAAAAUAAUGGUUCUAGCAAAAUUCAUGACAAGGACAUGGUUGAAAACCUCGAGAAUGUUGUUCAAUAUUGGACAGACUACUCAAAAGUCCAUUAUCAUCCCAAAAGUCUUUAUGAAUUAAAUGGACUAUGGGUGGAACCUCAUCAGUUCGACAAUUAUGGUACCGGAAAGGAUGCUUUUCACGAUGGCUUGAGGGAAGAAGAAAUUACUAGUAGACUUCGUUUUUUCAUUGAAGACUGCGACCAUAUCCAGGGUAUUCAAUUUAUUGUUGAUGAUGAAAAUCAAGUUGAAACUGUUGAGAAUGAUUCUCUUAUAAUCGCCGAAAUAAAGGAGAUUUGUUGA